AUGGCUUCCACCUGCAACAACUCCUCAUCGUUCAAGAGCGCCGACAUCGACGAGAAGGCCAUCAGGAGGGAGAAGCCGGAGGAGCUGGUCAAAGCCUUGGCCGAGGCCAAGGCCGACGCCAUUCAACUGAACCUUCGUAAUCGAGACAGCAGAGAUCUGCCUACCCUUCUGAUCACUUCUGACCAGGUUAAGGUGAGCAAAGGGAUGAUACGGGAGAGGCCGACGAGCACGGAGGAAGCCAGGGAAUUCAUCAAGGGGUACUCGGGUGAUGUAGCGUUUGCAGUGAAUUAUAUCCUCGUGACCAACCUGAGCACCGGGGGUAGGAAAGGGGGUUGGGAUAUACCUGAGGUGAAGGAAGGAGGCAUGACUUGCGUGGCUGGGGGCCUCAGGCUCAUGCAUCCAUCAUCUUUGCCGUUCAUCAAGGAACUAGUGAGAAAAUUCUUCCAAAUAGCCCCUACUUCAAAAUGUCGAGAUGGAACUGCAUAUCCACUUCACUGUUCUGACUUCAUCACUGUUUUGGUUUCUGCGUUUGUUGCGCAGGUCGGUACGAUGGAUAGCGUUCGAGGACUUCCCAAGAACCUCACCGAGAAGCUCAUUCGAGAAUCCCUACAAGAAACUGUUGAAAUGUAG